UUCUUGGUGUCUUUUGUAGGUUAAAUCAAAACUUGAAAUCCUUGGCUCUUAUGCUGAUGCUACUGAAGGACUAAUAAUACACGGAUGGAUAACGAAGAUUGAAAACCACGGUUGCUUUGUCCGCUUUUACAAUGGAGUACAAGGAUUUGCCCCUAGAUCUGAACUUGGACUAGAUCCGUGCUGUGAGAUAAGUUCCAUGUAUCACGUUGAACAAGUGGUGAAAUGUAGAGUUACCAGUUCUAAUCCGGCUUCACGGCGUAUUAACCUCAGUUUGACAACAACACCCUCAAGGGUAUCUAGCAAUGAACUGGUCAAACCAGGAAAGGUUGUUUCUGGAGUGGUUGAGCGAGUAACUGCCGAUGCAGUUGUCAUAGAUGUUACUGCUCAGGGUCAUUUUAAGGGCACAAUCUCUCCUCAACACUUGGCUGAUCACACUGGCCAUGCUGAGUUGAUGAAGUCUGCCUUGAGGCCUGGGUAUGAGUUUGAUCGGCUUUUGGUUCUUGAUGUUGAGGGCAGCAAUUUAAUACUCUCUGCAAAACAUUCUCUUGCGACCUCAGCUCAGCAGCUUCCGCUGGAUGUUAGUCAAGUCCAUCUUAACUCUGUGCUGCAUGGGUAUAUUUGUAAUAUAAUUGAAAGUGGUGUCUUCAUUCGCUACCUCGGGCGUUUGACUGGUUUUUCUCCAAGAAACAGGGCUACUGAUGACAGAAGAUCUAGUCUUUCUGAAGUUUACCAGAUUGGACAGUCUGUCCGCUCUAACGUAGUUGAUGUUAGCAGUGAAACAAAUCGAAUUACAGUUUCUUUGAAGCAGUCGUCCUGCUCUUCAACUGAUGCAUCCUUUAUUCAAGAAUACUUCCUUGUGGAGGAGAAGAUUGCAAAGCUGCAGUCGGUGGACUCUGGAAGUUCUGACUUAAGAUGGGUGGAAGAAUUCAAUCUUGGUAGCACUGUGAAGGGAAAAGUUCAUGAAAUAAAGGAAUUUGGUGUUGUAGUAAGCUUUCAGAAAUAUGAUGAUGUUUUUGGUUUUAUCUCCCACUAUCAGUUAGGUGGAAUCUCUGUGGAAACUGGCUCAAGUAUUCGAACCACGGUACUUGAUGUUUCCAAGAUAGAACGCCUAGUGGAUCUGUCUUUGAAGCCAGCUUUUGUGAAUAAAUCAAAGAAACAGACCACUAAUAAUCAAGCCCAGAAGGUCAUUCUUGAAAUUGCUAUUUCAUUGUUGUGCUGUAAUGUUCAUUCUCUCAGUUUUGUUUGCCUCAUUAAGGAUAUUUUAAAGAAAAAUAAUAGCUUCUUGCUUUCAUACUAAUUUUUUUGAUAACGG